AUGGCCAUGCUAUCUGGAGGCAUUCCCCUGGUUUUCAAGCUUUCAUUUACUCGUCGCUUCCGGAGCCGACGCGCGAAACAAGCACCGUGCUGGGCAGGUAGGUUGCGGCAUAAUUGCAGACUCUGGGCAAAAAAAGAGGGGAUAGAGUCUAUUGUUAUGCCCUUGAUAAGAUGGCAUCGCCAGCACGCCUUUACGAAUACUACUAAUGUACAUCACCGACCAAAAGCUCCGUUAUUCGGAGUGGAUGCGAUGAUGAUGAUGAUGGUGUUUGACGGCAAGCAAAUCUAUCCAAUUGGUACCAAGACACUUGCCCCCCAGCAGACCUCCAAGGUUUAUCAAGGCCCCUCUGUACCAACCAACCGCUUUGGAAUAGCUAAGACAGAAAAGUUUGGCGGUCUUUGA